GUGUAUUGCAUUCGGGUCUUAGCCAAGUGAUCUCCAAUCAAGUGGCUAUGAAUGUGCGGCUGAGUGUAGACUUAUAAUUCAGAAAUGACGACAUGACAACUUUCCAUAAUUUUAUUAGCAUCAUCUGCUACACCUACCAUGUAUACCAUGUGGAGUCACGUUGUUCUUAUUUUAGUAGGCUUCUGUGCUGUUGUCUCGACAAUGGAUAAGGAUCCAUUCGCAGGUUUAAAGAAAGAUCUUAGUUUGUCUCCAGAUUCUGUCUCGACAAUAGAUAAGGAUCCAUUUGCAGGUUUAAAGAAAGAUCUUAGUUUGUCUCCAGAUUCUACCGAUUCUCCUGCUGUCCCACAGUCUCGAUGGAAAGAGUCAGAGAUCACAAGUGGAAAGAAAAAGUGGAUAGCCCCUCCAGGCUACUACACGAGUGAAAAGAAAGAUGCAAGAAUGCUAGCAGGACUCAAGAGGAAAAAUCCGACGUUGAGCGAAGAAGAAGUACAACAAUUAUUCAAAACAAAAAAAGAAAAUAAAUGGAAAUACCCUCAAGAUCAUUUCAGAAAGGAUAUCUUUAUUGAAAGAAUUAAGCAAAAGAUUUUAAAAAAGAAUCCUGAAGUUCAGCCUGACGCAGCUGAGAAAGAUGCAACGGGAAAAUACACAGACUACAUGAAGCAAAAAUCAAUAGUAAUGAGAAAACAAAGGGUUGCAAUGAAAAAAGCAAAGGAGUACGUAAAGAGUAUCGAUGGAGAUUUAGCCAAAACAAUGCGUGUUCGUGUCUCAAAUAAAAAGGUCGAUUGGAUUGCAAGAAAAACGAGAUGGCUCAAAAAAACCAAUAAAAGCCUAACAAAAUCAGAUGCAGAAGAAGAAGCUCAUAACCAAUUUGCAGAAAAACGCAAAAAAGAAGCGUUGAGAAAACGGAAGCAGAAAAGUGAAGCUCUUCAAAUCAAGCCAAAGCCAUCUAAUGACUGAGAAGAGAGAAAUGGCUUCGCAUUUUCACGGCGUAAGCAAAACAUUUUCAUGCCCCGAUCGUUUCUCCAGAUCGUAUUCAUGCACCUUUCUCACAUGUCGCCUGGCGCUGAUUCUUCUAAAUCUGCAUACCUCUUCCCAC